AUGGUGACAAAACUAACAAUCCUGAUGAUAAUCGCUCACCUGCAUCGAGCCGACAACACACCGUUACGACAAUUCAGGGAACCGAAAGCAGCCCACGCACUCCCGUUACUCAUACCGCACCAACCUUCGGAGACAUCACCCACCCAUAUGAUACUUACACCACCACGAGUCAAGAAAAGUCCCAACAUCAUCUCAAUACCACUAUCGCAAAUAAUAGUACCAAAUCUUCACGUGAUCCCAUUGUCGCAAUCCAAUGUUCAUCACAGUUCCAUCCACACAGAUGUAAAACACAUCAUCACCAAUGACAACAUCAAAAUUCCCAUCAUUUCUCAAACAGUUUCCCGCACCAGUUCAAAUGUAACCCACCCAACGCCGUCAAUGCUGAUUCCAUACACACAUAACCUUGUGCCUUUUCAUGACUUAUCCGUGAUACCGCUGCAGAAGUCUUUGCACACUGUGCACAAAAUUGACCCAAAGACAGGUCACUACAGGCUCAUGGAGAACAAAGAUGAGAACAUGAAUGAAGAACCAGUUAAUAUUGUGAGAAGUAUUUAUGGUGGGUUUGGUACGGGGUUGUAUUUCGGAGGGCAGGGUGCUGGCCAUGGGUUUCAUAUUUUCGGGUAG